GCAUUCCUGUACAUUCCACAAAUUCAACUGGUAGCCGUCACAUCGGAGCGAAGAACACUACGUCACAUUGGUAUACACACCGAAUCGAAGCAGCUGCCGCCGAAAAAUCAAUAUCUUAGCAAACUUUUACGUGGACGGUUGAAAUCGGUUAGAAAUGCGCAAUAUGUUUUCCCGUUCGCAGAGUGUGCACAUGCUGGUUGGUGCGCUCCUUCUGCUUUCCAGUAGCUACCAAGUGCAUUCCUAUGGCUCUAAGGAUAUUUUAGCCGAUGCCCUGCUGACGGAUCUUCUCAAUCGUAUGGACAACGACAUGCAGGUGGGAUACUAUGAUGUGGACAACGAGGCAGCUGCUGGCUCCAAGGAUAAUGUUGACCUCGUCUCCCGAUCUGAGUACGCCAGGCUGUGUGAAGGGGGAAGCGACUGCAUCCUGCCAUCGGGAGCUGGUUCCCAUCCCUCCCUGCGGGACCACGAGUUCACGCAGCAUAGCUCACUCUGGGGUCACCAAUUCAUCUCUGGAGGCAUGGGAGAGGGUCCCAAUAGGUAUCCAACUAUUGUGAAGAACGAUGCCGGCCUGCCAGCAUACUAACCCCCUAAUCCCUGCCCGGAGGGCUACGACAUGGAGACCCAAGGCGGCAGCUGCAUCGUGGACUUUGAGAACACGGCCAUCUUCAGUCGGGAAUUCCAGGCGGCUCAGGACUGCACCUGUGACAAUGAGCAUAUGUUCGACUGCUCGGAUCAGGAUAGUGCUGAUGCCGUACCGGACAAGGCUGACUUGAACUCUGCCGUGGAGCAGUACAUCCUACAGAUGGGCCAGGAAAACAGUCUGAACAACGUGAACAGCCUGGUAAAGAAGGCCGGAUAUCCGGCAAUGCCCGAUCCGCGCUUGGAUGCUGCAGUCAUGAACCCGUUCCUCCAGGGCGAUCGCUUGCCCAUCGCCGCCAAGAAGGGCAACCUGCUCUUUCACUAAACUAGCUCGCUGGUAACUCGAGCAUAUACGACCAUACCUACAUCUUUUUCUGUAUUAGGUGUCUAAUACUAUUACCUAUCAUAGUUGGUUAUUAAUGUUGUCCCGCAACUAAAGUCUAGAAAUGUUUCUUCCCUACCCCGCAAAUAAAGUUAUUCGUAUUAAACCAGGGCUCUAAGCCGAACACAAA